UCAUGCGUCUCGUUCUCGAACGACUUUCGCGAACCUAUUGUGUGUUGGACUUUAUGGUGGCGCCUGCCUGCAGAAAACACAUGAGAGUAAGAGAGUUAGAUAAGUCAAAUUCUAUAUUUCUCUCCUUUACUCUAGUUGCGACUGCUUGCACGCGCAGGAAGUCGCCAAAGGUGUGAAUGCGCCAUAAACGCAACUAGAUUCGUUAGAACCAAUCAAAUUUAACCCCUUACUGGUGAUUGCAAAUGAUCCGUGUGCGUGUGGACAAAACAACUCAAGUGAAACAUCUAACAAUAACAAAAACAAACAGAAGUGGAACUUUUUGAAUGUUCAACAAGUGUUUUGUGAAUAUUAGUCAUUGGAGAAUUUCUUCAUAUUUAAAAACUUUACUCUGGAGUUAUAAUCAUACAACAUAUUUUCGUGCGUAUAAAACGUGUUGUGACAGGAUCUUUCUACUAAGUUUCUGAAGUUUCGUGCAUGAUUAUAUUUACUGCAUAUAGUGCGAAUGAAAGUGGAAAUCAAAACAUCAAAGGUGCAUAUCAGUUAUAAAUCCAAUUAAAUCUAAAUCUCGAUCGGUUGAAUCAUGGAGAGGUCUAAUUAUACGAAUAAGGCAUUUAACACUAACAGCAUAUGACAAAGCACUUUUACGAUUUAGAGAAAUUAUUAAGGAGCAUCGCGAGAAGCGAAAUCAACUCGGUUGGAAUUUUUGCCAUUAUUUUCUUCUACAAGAAGAACUUGUAUUUGUAUUAGAAGUCUUAGGUUUACAUGGCGGGACUUUGAUACAAUAUGAUGAAUUAGACGCACUUUUCACACAGUUUGAACUCAACUAAAAUGUCGGAGACACGGCGGUUUGGCUCAGUACACCGUUGAUCAUCAAUUGAGACUGAUGUUGGCUGAAUGUAAAGCUUCCUUAUUAGAUCUAAGGAGUUAUUUGUUCGGCAGACAGGCGGCAAUGUUAUUGCUACGCAAUAUGCCUUGGGAGAUUGCGCAAAGGUGUUUAUCAUUCAUUGACAAUACACUCAUCGAACUUCAAAUUUUGGAAAUUCAAAAACCAGAAGGUGCUGUCGAAUGUUGGGCUUUUCUCUGUGCUUUAGAAGUUCUUCACGCCUGUCAAUUGUCGAUGUCAAAUUCAGAGAAUAAUCAACAAGUUGAUCUCUGUUCUGUACAUACCGCAAGUUUAUGGCCAGUUGCCAAAGUUGGAGUCUUUGGGAAAAUUGUGUGGUCUCAUGCCGGGCAGUGAACCAUCGAGUGAACAAUUACACACGGUUGUUUAUUUAAUUGCCGGAAUUGGCGAUUCAGAACCACAAGCAAUGGGAAAACCAAAAACAAAUG